CCUUUCCUUUCCAACUUGGGCCCGGCAGAAUGGCUCCCGCAAAGAAGGGUGGCGAGAAGAAGAAGGGCCGUUCUGCCAUCAACGAGGUGGUGACCCGAGAAUACACCAUCAACAUUCACAAACGCAUCCAUGGAGUGGGCUUCAAGAAGCGUGCUCCUCGGGCACUCAAAGAAAUUCGGAAAUUUGCCAUGAAGGAGAUGGGAACUCCAGAUGUGCGCAUAGACACCAGGCUCAAUAAAGCCGUCUGGGCCAAAGGAAUAAGGAAUGUUCCGUACCGCAUCCGAGUACGUUUGUCCAGAAAGCGUAAUGAGGAUGAGGAUUCACCAAACAAGCUCUACACACUGGUAACUUACGUGCCUGUUACCACAUUCAAAAAUCUACAGACGGUCAAUGUGGAUGAGAACUAACUGCUGAAUGUCAAAUAAAGUUACAGAAUUGCCUCCAGGUUUUGCUUUUUCUUUUUGUUGUCUGCCCCAUAAGUGGAAUUUUUAGGUCUAAGGUUUAUUUUGUUGGAAAUUAAUCUGAGAAGCUCUGUUCUGGACACACAGGAAAUUGGAAGUAUGUGAAACAUUCUUUUCACAGAAGUCAGUGUAUUAGUUGGGGUUGUGGGGGUGUUUUUGUUUGUUUUUGAGGGGUUACUCUGUGGUGGUGCUGCUUGUUCUGUAGACUAGGUUGGCCUGGAACUCAGAAUUGACCUGCCUUUUCCUCCCUAGUGUUGCAAUUAAAUGUGUGCCACUGUGUAUGUUUGUGGCUUUAACUACAAAGCUGAGGUGUUAUAUAUGAGGUAAAGAUUGAGGUUAUAACUUGAGUGUGCUGAAUUAAUUUGUUGUGUGGGUCCCAGGAAUUGAACCAGAGUUGUCGACCCUGGCUUUCCAGUCAUCUUUGCCAACCAGUCUAUUUCAUUGCUGGAAUGUGCUGUGUUUCCUUAAGAUGGCAUUUUGAAAGCAUCAGUACAAAAAGAACGAUUUUUAUUAAAAACCUUGGGGGCCAACAUUGAA